GAGAGACAGAGGGACUCUGCACACACACACACACACACACACACACAGAGUCAUUCCUCCCAGCCCGCCGUGUCUUCACUAACGGGACAAGUUUAGACCUCCGGGAUUUCUCUGCUUUUCCUCUCGCCUCCAUGUGAACAUCUCGACCCGGACUGAGGACAUUUACUCCAGCUGAAAGGAUGAUGUUGACAAUGAUGGGAGGCGGCCACGGCCGAAGGUGCAGCCCUCGCUAGAAUCGCACUUUCUCCCCCGACUUCACCCCUCCACCGUCAUCCACUUUCGCCGUCCCUCCCCCCGGUGCCAUGGCCAACCACCUGGAGCUGAUCCAGGAGCUGCAGCAGCUGGACAAGGUGCCCAGCCUGGAGAGGCUGCGGGCAGCCCAGAAGCGCCGCACCCAGCAGCUGAAGAGAUGGGCUGUGUACGAGAAGGAGAUGCAAAACAAGAAGCGAAAGGCGGACAAGAAGAGUCGCAAUGCCAGCAGCCUCCAGCAGGAGUCCAAGAGGCAUGUGUCGUUCGCUGCCAGCGUGGCACUUCUGGAGGCGUCGGCCAGGAAUGAUCCGGAUGAAGUGCGCUACCUGCUAAAGAACAAUGUGAGUCCAGACCUCUGCAAUGAAGACGGUCUCACCGCCCUGCAUCAGUGUUGUAUCGAUAAUUAUGAGGAGAUGGUGAAGAUCCUGCUGGACCGAGGAGCCAGCGUCAACGCUCAGGACAACGAGCUGUGGACGCCGCUGCACGCCGCUGCUACAUGUGGCCACGCGGGACUGGUCAAGAUCCUCAUUGCACACGGUGCAGAUUUGCUGGCGGUCAACUCUGAUGGUAACAUGCCCUACGACCUGUGUGAAGACGACCCAACACUGGACAUCAUCGAGACGGCUAUGGCCAACAGAGGCAUCACCCAGGAGAUGAUCAACGAGACACGAGCAUCAACAGAGAGGAGGAUGCUGGGAGACAUUCAGGAACUGCUGAGACAGGGAGAGGAGGUCAACCAGCAAGACUCUCAGGGAGCCACGCUGCUCCACAUCGCAGCAGCAAAUGGCUACGUGCAGGCUGCAGAGCUGCUGCUGGAGGGGGGAGCUCGCAUGGAUCUGAGAGAUUCAGAUGGAUGGCAGCCUCUUCAUGCUGCAGCGUGCUGGGGUCAGAUGCAUGUGGCAGAGCUGUUGGUCUCUCAUGGAGCCAGUCUCAAUGCCAAGACCUUCCUAGAGGAGACCCCCAUUGAUCUAUGUGAGGAUGAGGAGUUCAGAGCCAUCCUGCUGGACCUGAAACAUAAACAUGACAUUAUCAUGAAGUCGCAGCUCAAACACAAGACCUCGCUGUGUCGGCGGACGUCCAGCGCAGGCAGUCGUGGAAAAGUGGUGCGGCGAGCCAGCCUGUCGGACCGACACAAUUUGUGCCGUAAAGAGUACGAGACGGAGGCCAUCGUGUGGAGGGGAGGGAGGGAGGAGGAGGAUGAAAAAGAGAAGGAGUCUGAUCAGGAGAACAACCAGGUGGUUCAUGUCAAGCCAGCCGUAGCUGUGGAGCUGCCAGACAAGCCCAUGCUGCCCACUAUCCUCAAAGAUGGCAACAACAAACAGAACGGCCUCAUCUCCACGACGGCGUCCAUGCCGCCGCAACAGCCCUCAAAUGGCAACACGCCAUCGUCUGAUAAGGGUGGGGUCGUCACCACCCAGCCCACCCAGGAGGAAGCCUGGCCGCGAGAGCGUGCUCAGACUCUGUCGGAGCUCAAGAAACAGAGAGCCGCCGCCAAAUUGUUGAAUCACCCCUUGUUCAACGGUCACCUAGGUAACGGCUCCACAGACUCCUUCACUGAUGCCAAAACCAACUCCGAGGACCCCCGCAUGCCGCUGGUCUCCUCCAACGGCAACGCGGUUUACUACACGCCGGCCAGCGGCGACCCGCCCCUCCUCAAACUGAGACAGCCAUUGGAGGAAGAGCAGCCGAAGGUGCGGACCUGCUGCUGCGUGUCGUAGCGCCCCGGUCACGUGACUGUUGACGGAACAGGAAGUGUUUGCACUGAGAGAAGGGAAAGCAGGAACAUCCUGUCAGAGGGAGGAGAGGAAGGAAGGAAAGAUGGAGUGUUCCUGUCUUUUGCCAUCCUCUUCCUCCCCUCCUUGAAACUUCUCCCAGGGAAGAUGGUCGGAUGAAGAAGGUGUAGAAACUUACCCUUGUACCUCCCUACCACGUGACUCCUGCUUGGAGACACCUUCCCCAAAUGCAAGCAAGUGUCAAGUGUAGCAGAGAAGAAGAAAGGAACUGAGCAGUGCCACUUUUUUCCUCCAGAAGUCAUUGGAUUAAAAUUCCUUCUCAUAUGUGGAGUCUCUCUACAUGACAUGCCAAAUGGAUAGAAGAGUGCAAGAAGUUGUCUCUUUGGCCCUGCUGUCCCUGCGCUCCGUUAAGAAUUAAGGUGUAGACUGUUUUUUCAAAAGCUUUUCACCCUUGAAAAGGUUCAGAAGUGUUGAAUCAGGAAAGCAGAGAAGAUCAAGGUACAAGGUGCAUGUUCUGCCCUCCGAGAUGAAGAUGGAAAAGAGUUUUUUAACCCUACAUACGGAUUGUGAUUGUGUAAUUAAACAGCAUUUUCUGCAGGACAAACUCACAUUGUUGUCAAACCACACUGUUCUGCUUUUUUUGUCAUAUUCUCGUCACUUUCAAACAUGCAGGAAGGCCAUCACAGAACGUCCGGAUGUAUUGUGUCACAUCAUGUUGUACUACAACAUAUCAUAGACGUAGCAAAAAGAGAUCUGCGACAUCUCUUUUGAAGUAUCUAUCUUGUUAUGUACUGCCUGCAUAAGUAAAGGGAAGGAACGCCAUACAACAGUGUUAACAUAUUCAGGAAGUGUACUUCUACAGCGAGAGAUAAGUAUAGCAGUGCACUAGUGUUUGAGACUGUCACUAUAUUCUGUCUACUAUUCAUCACCUCGCCGUCCUCUCACAUCAACCCUGAACUGACAGGUCAUGCUCUGUUUUCUGCACAACCCACUUUGUGCUCUCUCGUUUAGAUUAUUUAAGCAAACAUGGUUGAAAAUUACUGUACAUUUCUUUAUUUAUGAAAUUAAUGUAAUGUGUAAAAAAACAAAAAACAUUAUGGUUCCUAAAGUUGAGUGUAUUUAUUAUUUGGAUGGUGUGUGGCCAGUGUGAAUGCAAUAUAAGAUGAGCUGGAGUGUCUUCCAGCAAAGCACCUUCUGACAUGGAAGAUCGAACGUUCAGCUGAUAAAGUUUAGGGUUCCUGUCUGCUAUAUGUACAUGUUAUUAAAAUCACACAAGCAAGCCGUCCUGUCGGGAUGGAUUUCAUAUUUGUGUCACUACAAAUAACUUUGUUAUUUGUUUUUGUUCUGUUGUUCCUUUUCUGGUGGCCAUUGUGUGGCUUUAUCCCAGUCACUGUGUUUGCUAACAAAAAUUGUAAAUGUUAGGUAAUGAAUCACUAAGUAUAAUAUGAGUUUCUGAAGAUACACAUGGACUCUAUGCUUGCCUCAUUUUUUUUUUUUUUAAACAUUAAUCCACAUGUGGAUCUGGUCUGUAGUGAGCCCACACUGUUAUGUCAGGUGUCCUUUUGUGGGUUCAACACAAAAUAUUAAACUUGCCAACCCGAAAACGAGUAAUAGAAGUAGUUUCUCUGCUUAAUUAAAAGGAGUGGUUUGACAUUUUGGGAAAUGUGCUGAAGACCGAUAGCGCUCAUGUCUGUAUGCUCUGUCUCCUGGCAUUUAUUAAAUCCUAAAAACUCAUCUCUGUUCAUCAAUAUUACAAAUGUAGAAGUUUUUCCAGGAAAGCAAUCCCUUCAUACUUUAAAUGGCUUUGAUGUAACUCUACACCUUUGCCUUCAUUUAGUAUGCAGGGAUCUAUGAAUGUGCAAUUAGUCUCCUCUCUCUCCAUCCACCCCUCCACCGCUCGCCUGCAGCUCUGUGAUACUGAGCGCACCUGCUCACCUCCGACUGCUCAUCAAACACACAAACCUCUGCUUGUUUUCUGGUUUGCUAGCAACUGCACGCUAGAAUGGCAAGUGGUACUAUAGGAGUAAAGUGUCCCAGGAAGUCUAUUAUUCCUUCAGCGAACCUGCUGCUGGUUCCAGUUUUCAUAUUCAACAGAGAUAGUAUCAGCCUCUUCAUCUAACUCUCUGCAAGAAAGCCAAUAAAUGUAUUCCCCAAAAUGUUGCACUACUCCUUUUACCUAAUAGCAGCUUCUCUAAUCUCCUUGUGAGUGCCAAAGAGUCUUCCAUGAAUUAGAAAAACAACUUCACUUGUAAGGUCUUCUUUGCCAUUAUAGAGAUUUGUUUGUUUCCCUUUUAAACAUGUGACUACCCACAAUGCCACUAUCCCCUUUGUCCCCACAACAUCAGCUGUACAGUGUCAAAUAUUUGUACAGAUGCAUUUGUAAAUAUGUUUGUAUUAGCAUCCCCUUAUCUGUUCCCAUGAACUGCAUUUGCAUAUCUGUGUUGUUACUGUUGAACAUAUAGGAAAAUACAAUUACAAUGAUGGAAAAUGUUAGACGUUUGGUUGUCAAGGGGGAAACUGUGAGUCUAUGUAGACCCCCCUUAGUAGUCCAGCAGUCUAAAAUCUGUCGGUGUCAUCAUCUUAUUUAAUAUUUUCUCGGUGACCAGUGUCCAUGGCUGAUUUUUUUUCCGUGCAAUUUUCUGCAAAGGUCAGUUUUCAGUGUGCUCUCGUAGGAGGCAGUCUGUCUUUCAGCUCAAUUUGAGGAAGCGCAAAUUAAGUCACGGUCAGUGAGAUUGCUAUGUCCCCUGCUUCUGGUUCCUUUAGCCCUGUGUUCAAGACAGUGGCAUCAUCUUAUGAGUCAUCUGAAAUUCAUUUAAAGUUACUCCAGAUCACGUGUGUUUCAGCUGCUGCAAUCAGUUCCAUUGAAAUUUCACUUCUUCCUCCUUAAUAACGAAAGUCAGCCACAUUGAAUUGGAAUUCUGAACUACGGCCCGGUCAGUAUUAGCCAGAAAGGGACAGUCAGCUGUUAAAAGCCCCCUGUGUUCUCACAAUAUGAUCAAAGCUUGUGUUUGUCUGCAAGCCUCGUUGUCUAUAAAAGAAAAGAUUAUAAAGAUGAAAAACUACUGAUUUUGUAAUUACUGGAAUAUAUUGAUGGUUGCAUUAACAUAUUUUGAAUAAAUUG